GCAUUCAAGUGUCAAGGAGAAUGGGCGGACUGUAAACGCAUGACCCCACGAACGAAUGCAAUUGAUGUACCGUAGCUAUAGUAUUUUGGCAGCGCCAAAGGCAUGGUGCAUUAUUUUGCUGAACUUCUCCUCUGCCUCUACAGCCAUCAUGAUAGGAGACCUCCCCCUCUAGUGAGCACUCAGGUCUGAGUGGCCAGUGAGUGUCAGCCAGCAGCAGCAGCAGCAGCAGCUUCAUCUUACACUCUCAGUGGGUCUCCCUGUUGUUGAUAAAGUGCUUUCCCUGACAUCGUGAUCAGCCCCACGGGCUGUGCCUUCACUGCCCCGACGCCCUUCAUCCAGCAUCAUCAUGGGUGAGGUUGUCCAAAUGCACUUCACCACAGUGGACUUCGUCAUCUUUGCCUUGCUGCUGGUGGCCUCGGCUGGCAUCGGCCUCUUUUAUGCCUUCUCUGGUGGUCGCCAACGCACAACACAGGAGUUCCUGAUGGCUGACCGCUCCAUGAGCUGCCUGCCUGUGUCUCUGUCCCUGCUGGCCACUUUCCAGUCAGCCGUGGCCAUCCUGGGCGCUCCGUCUGAGGUGUACACCUUUGGAACACAGUACUGGUUCCUGGGCUGCUCCUAUUUUUUGGGCCUGCUCAUCCCAGCUCAUGUUUUCAUACCAGUCUUCUACAGGCUGCGGCUGUCCAGUGCCUAUGAGUAUCUGGAGCUGCGCUUCAACAAGACUGUUCGUAUAUGUGGGACUGUGACAUUCAUCUUUCAGAUGGUCAUUUAUAUGGGGGUGGUCUUAUAUGCACCAGCCCUGGCACUCAAUGCAGUGACAGGUUUUGACCUAUGGGGGGCAGUACUUGCCAUGGGAUUGGUGUGCACUUUAUAUACUGCAUUGGGGGGCCUGAAGGCAGUGAUCUGGACAGAUGUGUUCCAGACAGUGGUGAUGUUUGCGGGCCAGCUGGCGGUUAUCGUGGUGGGGGCCAGUCAAGCAGGGGGCAUAGGAGAGGUCUGGAGGAAAGCAGUCAAUGGCAGCCGCAUUGCUGGACUAGACCUGAACCCUGACCCUCUGGAGCGUCACACCUUCUGGACUUUGGGUGUAGGGGGGGUCUUCCUGAUGCUGGCUCUGUAUGGAGUCAACCAGGCCCAGGUCCAGAGAUACCUCAGCUCACGCACAGAGAAAGAAGCUGUCAUGUCCUGCUAUGUUGUUUUCCCAUGCCAGCAGAUCGUCCUGUGUUUAGGUUGUCUGAUGGGUCUUGUCAUGUUUGCUCGGUACGGAGAGGACAGUCCACUGGACAAGGGCUACGUCAAAACGAAUGACCAGAUGGUGCUGUACUUUGUGAUGGAUGUAUUCAGGGAUCUGCCUGGGCUCCCAGGGCUGUUUGUAGCCUGUCUCUUCAGUGGAGCUCUCAGCACCAUCUCGUCAGCCUUCAACUCCCUAGCAACAGUAACUAUGGAGGACCUGAUUAAACCUCAUUUUCCUAACAUGACUGAAUCCAAAGCCACACUGCUGUCUAAGGGGCUCGCUUUGGCCUACGGUCUGGUGUGUCUAGCUAUGGCCUACAUCGCCUCCAUAAUGGGAUCUGUGCUGCAGGCAGCAUUCAGUAUCUUUGGGAUGGUGGGCGGGCCCCUGCUGGGCCUCUUCUGUCUAGGAAUGUUCUUCCCAUGGGCAAACCCAAUUGGUGCAGUGGUUGGAUUGGUAGCGGGCCUUGCCAUGGCCUUCUGGAUCGGCAUUGGCAGCUUUGUGAUGCGUAUGUCUCAUUCCACCCCAGUACCUCCUCUCAACACCACUGCUCUGCCACUGUUUGACAACAUGACCGCCACUGUCAUGGCAACACUGGCCAGCGCCACCACUGCUAAGCCAAGGCCGACAGGUGUGGAGGCGCUAUACUCGUUGUCCUAUUUGUGGUACAGCGCUCACAACUCAACCACUGUGGUGGUGGUAGGAUUAAUAGUCAGCUUCCUAACAGGACCUAUGAAGGAGAAGGACCUGACCCCCGGCACAGUGUUUCCAGUCAUGGGCACGCUGCUUUUUUUCCUGCCUGAGCGCUACAGAGAGAAGCUCUGCUGUGUCACUCCUCUGGCUCAGAAGCCCAAAGAAAUCAACACACAGCCUUAUCAGAUGGCCAAAAAAGACAGCAACGGAGCAGCCUACUGCAAGGACGACACGCUCACAGAGGACAAAGAGACAGAGAGUGACGUAGCACAAACAGAGGAUGAGGACUUGGAAACACGGGUCGCUUUGCCCUCGUGCCAGCUGACCGCUCACACAGUUCAGGAGACGGCCUUGUGAUCAUUUUUUUCCAUUUAUUAAUAACAUACACAAGAUACACACACACACCCUGAAUGCCAUCCAUCACUAUUUACACUGACAGAAUCAGAUGAGUCUUUCUAUAGAGAGGGCUAAUGGACUUAAGUAUCAAAAAACAAAAACAACUGGAAAUCAGCUUCUGCCACACUGGAACAGUCCAUGAGCCCAAAAGGCAGCAAUCCAUGAAUAAACUAGUCAGUUGAUCUCUGUGUUAGACUCUGAUGCCUGGUGUCAGGCACAGGCUUUUGGCUCUGUCCAGCUGUGUGCAGAUGUAUGUGUGCAAUUUGAAGUUAAGAGACUGGACAGCUCUUAUGAGCUGUUCCACUGUGACUGGAUCCAGUCAUUCUGUUUGCCAAAAAAAAAAAAAAAAAAAAAAAAAAAAAUCAGGUAGUCACAAGAUGUAAAACGUGUUCAGUUUUGUAAUGAAGAUGGAACCAGAAAAUCCCAGAAUAUAUAUCAGAGAAUAUAAUAUGAAAAGAAAAUAAUGUCUAGAGAGACUGAACUUCAGUUGAGGGUAUGACAUGUCUGUGCUACUGUGAUAGUGUAGUGUCUUUACAUGGCCUUGGUUUCCUACUGAUAGUCGCCUUCUAGCUGCUGCUAUAGAUGUCCGAUAAGAAAGAGUCCACGAAGGCAAAGCCGUGUGUUCAGAUGAGGGGCAGAGGUGGUGUUACACAGGGGCAGCCAAAUUAGAUAGAGCACAGUAAAUCCUCAACUGCCAUUACCACGAUCAUACAAACUGUAUGAGAAAGCAACCCAGUGGGGUUGCAGAGCUCACGCAUGGUCUAGUUGUUUAAUAUCAUCCACUUUGUUCACUACUUUAAAGACUUGUGUACCUGUGAUCCCUUGUAGUCACUCUCCUACCACUCCCCAUACAAUCCACAGUCAUUAGUUUACAGUGAGCACUAAAUCAGAUUUCACUUAGGUUCACAACACGGACACUACAUUUGUCAUUCAGUUGUGGGAGGCUUUGAGCGCACUAUAAACUACAUCAAUAUUACACUCUUUUAGACACUUAAAUGGCAGACAGUGAAUACAGUACACUAUAUAGUACAGUAUAUGGUACAAAGAAUGCAAACAUCUGUCUUGAAAAGUUGGUGAGAUAAUUUGGUCAAAAAUAAGAUGUUUUGCAUUAGUAACAGUUCUCUAAAUACAACACUUGAGUACAGUUAUGUGUGGCCAUAAUGGAGAUAACAAAUAAUUACAGCGAACAAUAGCUUUAAAAAGGACUGGUUCUAUGUUAAACCAUGUGGAGAUGCCUACAUAUAGAUUGAAAGAGUUAUUAGUCACUGAAGUUGUUAGAAGAGAGUUGUUAUAAAGAGAUCCCUUCCCUACACAAUUUGCAAGUGAUCAGGGAGCUAAUUCAUUCUCCUCUCUGUUCAAAACUCACUUCUAAUGCUGAGCUGAGGCUAAUAUUAGGCUUCACAAAUCUGAGUUAUUUUUUUGUACCAAAACCCCUCUGCAUCUCUUCAGACUGUUCCCUUGCUGAGCGGAUUAACAGUAAGAGAAAUAGAGGAUUUUAUAAAUUUGCUGUAUACCCAUCUAUUUUGUCUAAAUCAGGCCGCUGAAGCCUCAUGAGCCUUUGGCAUCCAUUUGAGAGACAUUUUACCACAGAACAUGGUGUGUUUGUGGAUUCCCAAUCCGAUCCCUUCACUUCUAUUGGAAUAAUGCUAAAGGGGUUUUCCUUACAGCCAUGCAGAAUUAUUACACGACAAAAAAUGUUAAAAUGAAUGUGCGUUGUUUUAAGACAGAUGAAUUGGGAAGUCCAUAUAGAACUUUCAUACAUUUUCCACGGGUUUAUCGGCACCCCCACCUGAUAUAACUGCCCUGAACAAAGCACAACACUGCUCAGAAUCAUUGACAGAAGCCAUCUUGUUGCUGAAAUUGAAUUAUUUUAGUUCUGUCUCACAUUUCCUUGAUAUGUUUGACGGUGAAGAUGAUUUUGUCUCUUGUAGUUUUGUAUUUAAACAUCUUUAAGUGCACGUCUUUUUCUUUUCAUUGAAGUCGUCGGUGCUGUGUGAUUUGUUUUGCGUAGUAGUGUGUGGUGUCAUCAUCCUUACUGUCACAGUUUUUGGAAUCACAGAAUUCUUGAUCAUCAGCACUUCAACAUUAAGUCAUCCAUUGUCACUGUGUAAAAGGAGAGGUGCUGUAUGUACAGUGCUCUCAGUCAGGUGCAGUGGACUCCAUGGCCAUGUUUUGUAAUGUGAAUUAAUGUGUUUGUUCAGCCUUUACUGGUCAAGUGAGUGCGACAUGUUCCCAGAGAAUUUCUACAGUUAAUGGAGAGAGUCCAUGUCUCAGCUGCCUUACACUUUCCUCUUUAAUGUCUAAAUUGCUGGAGUUGCACUUGUAUUUCAAGAGCUCACCAGACAAUCAAGGUGACGCACAUAUUAGCCGCAGAAUCGAAAAUCUGCUUAGUUUGUGUGACAUUUAUUUGAAAAGGAUUAUGGACUCCGGAGACCACUAGAUCCCCAUGAUGGAAUGUUGAGCCCUUUUAAAACCAUGUUUAGUUACAAAGCCAACAUGUUUGCACCAUCACUCUGAUGCUCAGAAAUACCUCAAUUUGUCCAAAGCAUAUAGAAUAUGAAUUUGUUUCAUAUUUGUUUUGGAUUUUUUUUUUUUUUUUUUUUUUUAAACCAACAAAAGAUGUAUUUGAGAUCUCAUUUGUAUAUUUUUGUAAUUUCACAUAAAGCCUACACACAUUUCAUGGAAUGAAAUGUGGAAUUCUAUAUGCAAGAACCAUGAAAUGUUUUUGUUAGUGAAUGUCAGGCAGAAUGGGGACUGUAACAGUUCACUUUAAGAUGUCUCAUUCAAACAACUGGAGCACUACACAUAUUAUCAUUUGUUAGCAGACUAGCAUCCUUUGCCUUAGACAGCAUUUCACACAGGAAGUGGCCACAGCAUGUUCCCAUGUUGCAUCCUGAAUUCUGUCAAAUUCACAACAUUUAAUGGUUCCAAGAGUUUUUGAAUUAUUUUAAAUUUCAUGUGACUGUGUAUUUUAUUUAUGAUUGCAUAGUGUGGGAUCCUCCUUCAUACCUGAAAUUACUUGAAGUGUGAGUCUGUCAUGUUAAUGAUACACAAAUAAGUCCCUUUAUAUUGCGAGGGAGCAAAAUUUAAGUGCUUACAUAUUAAUAUUAUUAAUGCUAAAGAUGUCCUUUAUAAACUCAGACUAAGCGGAGCAGUGUGAUACAAAUGAACACUAACGCACCCAAGCACAGUGAGGUCAGUACUCAUUAGUCCUGCUAUUGAAAGCAUCUGCCUGAAGCCAUCAGUUGGUGUAAAACGGCUUGGAUAUGGUGUUCAAGAGUUCAGAAUGAUAUUUAUUUUAACAAAAAUGUCAGCUUUAGGAUUUCUGCUUGUUUUAUGAAGUUGUUUCCUACAGUGAAUCGCACAAUAAUACAGGUGAGAAUACAGUCUGUGAAAGAGAAGCAUGACACUGAGUAAUUUCCAGCAAUAAUAAAUAUUGUUUUGAACAAUAUUUAUUAUAUUUGUUCUCCCACCUACAAGAAUUCUUCCUGUUAUGCAUUCCAAAAAACAACCCCAUAAGCACUGAAGUCAAGAUGGCUGCUCUGCUUUGGAUGUGCCUUCAUUUUGUGAUGUUCCUUUUUUUUUUUUUUUUUAGUAGUAGUAUUAUUAUUUUUAACUCUUCUUUAUCCUAUAGUACUUUUCAUACACAGCCCAGGAUAGGGCCAUGAGCUCUCAGACAUCUGUCCAGGAGUGGACCAAACCUGUAUUUAUGAAUGAAUAAAUGAAUCAGAGAGAUGUAAUCACCUGUUUUUGACACAAGACUGAACAGUUUUAUUCUCUUUAGUCUCUUCCUUUGUUUUUCACAUUACAGGCGAGAGUAAUGUCCUGUUGAUGGAGUGUGAACGGGAAACAUGGAGGUGAUCUCUGUCCAGCAUUCAAUGAGAAAGUCACUCUUCAGCAGGGUGUCCUGUAACCCCUCAUUCAACAUGUCAGUUGUUCAAAGCUACUUAUUAGCUUUUCAGUACACAAGUUCCUCAACUGACCUUUGACCUUAAUAUUUUGUAUUAUUUCAGUCAUCUUUGCAGCAGGAAGGAAACACAUAAAGCUUAACAUCCUGGAGUUACUGCAGAAUUCAGAAAUAUAAUUAGAAGUAUUUCUGCUGCUAUAAUAUUGUAGAACAUGACUGAUAUACAUGUUCACAAAAACAUGAGUACCUGCUCUUGCUGAGUAUUUUUGAGACGCCCCUUUAAUUCAGCGAAAAGUUAAACUGACUGCAUUUAAUGUUGAUGUUUGAUGUUUGGAUGUAUGAAUGUUAGAUUUCUAAGUUUGUACUUGAAUUGAGAUGUUAUUAAAAAAUAAUGAUGAUGGCAAAUUCUUAA